CCCGUGGCUCACCCGCUGGCUCGUCCCAGGCCCGGGCGCGCGCCUGCGCACGGGUCCCCGGGCGCGCGGGGUUACUAGAGGUGGAGCGCCGGGAGGGCGCGCAGCAGGAGGCGGACGCCGUUACGGAGGGAGCGUGGUCACGUGGCCGCUGGUCACCGCCGCCACCUCCCGCCCCAUUCUCUUGCUGGUCGGGCCAGGCCCGGCGUGUUCCACGAGAGCCCGGCAGACUGACGGGGAGAGAGAGUGAGAGAGAGAGCGAGAUAAAGAGAGGAGAGAGACAGAGAGACAGAGAGAGAGAAAGGAGGGGAGGAGGAUUCAGGGAAUAGGAGCUGGGGAGCCCUGCUGCGCUACAGAACAUUUCUAAUGACUUGGUGAAGAUAGGAAAACCGUCGGAAAGGCUGAAGUACUGUCAAACUGCAAUUACUUCGGUGACUGUCUCCACUCUAUGCAAUGUAUAAGUCUGUGUCUGAAACUAGACAUCCUCUGCAGUCAGAAGAACAAGAAGUAGGCAUUGAUCCCUUGUUCAGUUAUUCAAAUAAAACAAGAGGAGAUCCAAGUCAAAAUGGAAGAGGAGCAAAUUCUACCUUAGACACCGAAGGGACGUUCAAUUCAUAUAUGAAAGAAUGGGAAGAACUAUUUGUAAACAACAAUUACUUGGCAACAGUAAGACAGAAGGGGAUUAAUGGGCAGCUGAGAAGCAGCAGGUUCCGCAGCAUUUGCUGGAAGCUCUUUCUUUGUGUUCUUCCUCAAGAUAAAAGUCAGUGGAUAAGUAAAAUUAAAGAACUAAGAGCCUGGUAUAGCAGUAUUAAAGAAAUACACAUCACUAAUCCAAGGAAAGCUGUUGGCCAACAGGACCUGAUGAUCAACAAUCCCCUUUCACAAGAUGAAGGAAGUCUUUGGAACAAGUUCUUUCAAGAUAAAGAACUACGGACCAUGAUUGAGCAAGAUGUCAAAAGAACGUUUCCUGAAAUGCAGUUUUUCCAACAAGAAAAUGUGAGAAAAAUUCUUACAGAUGUUCUGUUCUGUUAUGCAAGAGAGAACGAGCAGUUGCUUUACAAACAGGGUAUGCAUGAGCUACUAGCGCCUAUCAUCUUUACCCUUCACUGUGACCACCAAGCUUUUCUACAUGCCAGUGAGUCUGCACAGCCCAGUGAGGAAAUGAAAACUCUCUUGAACCCUGAGUAUCUGGAGCAUGAUGCCUAUGCAAUGUUCUCACAGCUUAUGGAAACUGCUGAACCUUGGUUUUCUACAUUUGAGCAUGAUGGUCAAAAGGGAAAAGAAACUCUGAUGGCCCCCAUUCCCUUUGCUCGACCACAGGAUUUAGGGCCAACAGUUGCCAUUGUUACAAAAGUCAACCAGAUCCAGGACCAUCUACUGAAGAAACAUGAUAUUGAGCUCUACAUGCACUUGAACAGACUAGAAAUUGCACCACAAAUAUAUGGGUUACGAUGGGUGCGGCUGCUGUUUGGCAGAGAGUUCCCUCUGCAGGACCUGCUGGUGGUCUGGGAUGCCCUGUUUGCGGAUAGCCUCAAUCUGAGCUUAGUCGACUAUGUCUUCACAGCCAUGCUACUCUAUAUCCGAGAUGCUUUGAUUUCUAGUAACUAUCAGACCUGUCUUGGCCUUCUGAUGCAUUAUCCAAUCAUCGGGGACAUACACUCACUGAUACUGAAGGCCCUGUUCCUUAGAGACCCAAAGAGAAAUCCAAGGCCAGUGACUUACCAGUUCCACCCCAACUUAGACUACUACAAAGCACGGGGAGCCGACCUUAUGAACAAAAGCCGGACCAAUGCCAGAGGUGCUCCCUUGAAUAUCCACAAGGUCUCCAACAGCUUGAUUAACUUUGGAAGAAAGCUGAUUUCCCCAGCCUCAGCUCCGGGCAGUAUGGGAGGCCCUGUACCUGGGAACAACAGCAGCAGUUCCUUCUCUGCUGCCAUCCCCACCAAGACCUCCACAGAAGCCCCAAGGCAUCAUUUGCUGCAGCAGCAACAGCAACAGCAGCAGCAGCACCCCCAGCAGCAGCAGCAGCAACUGCAGCAGCAGCAGCAACAGCAGCAGCAGAGACUGAUGAAAUCUGAAAGCAUGCCGGUACAAUUGAACAAAGGCGACGUAGUUACAGGAAGCGAUGCUCAGGUUUCUGUUCCUGUCCAGGCUCUAACUGACCUCCAAGGGCAAAAUUCGAAAACCAUCAGUUCAUCUCCAAGCAUCGAGAGUUUGCCUGGGGGAAGAGAAUCCACUGGCUCUCCACCUCCAUCCGCUACUAAAAAGGAUUCCUUUUUCAGCAACAUCGCACGUUCCCGUUCACACAGCAAAACCAUGGGCAGGAAAGAAUCUGAAGAAGAACUAGAGGCCCAGAUCUCCUUCCUACAAGGCCAGCUGAAUGACCUGGAUGCCAUGUGCAAGUACUGUGCAAAGGUCAUGGACAUGCAUCUUGUAAACAUCCAAGAUGUGGUAUUACAAGAGAAUUUGGAAAAAGAAGAUCAAAUUCUGGUGUCCUUGGCAGGAUUAAAACAGAUCAAAGACAUCCUGAAAGGUUCCCUGCGCUUCAAUCAGAGCCAGCUGGAGGCUGAAGAGAAUGAGCAGAUUACCAUCGCUGACGACCACUACUGCUCCAGUGGCCAGGACCAGGGCAGCCAAGUUCCUAGGGCCUCCAAGCAGGCCUCUUCAGAGAUGCCAGGGUGCACAGGUGGAGCAACCCCAGAUGACUUCAUUCUGGUUUCCAAAGAAAAUGAGGGGCACCGUGCCAGGGGGGCCUUCUCAGGCCAGGCCCAACCUCUUCUCACCCUCAGAAGCACAUCUGGGAAAAGCCGAGCCCCAGCCUGCUCCCCACUACUGUUCUCAGACCCACUGAUGGGCCCAGCCUCAGCCUCAGCCUCCUCCAGCAACCCCAGCUCCAGCCCCGAUGAUGACAGCAGCAAGGAGUCUGGUUUCACCAUUGUGAGCCCCUUGGACAUCUGAGCACAGGGCCCCACUGGCUGACACCCUGCUGAACCAGUGUCUUUUUCCCAGCAUGCAUUUGGCAUUGGUUCAACCCACUGGAACUCUUUACAAAAAGAGGCAACUAUGCUUCUUUCAAUGCACUAUGUUUACCAAAAUGCAGAUAGAGGUUUCCAGACCCUUACCUGACCCUGUGACCCUUGUUCCAAUUAGAGCCAGGUCAGGUCCCCAGCUCCAUACCCACCGUCAGACACAGCAGACCACAUCAGAGCCACAUGUCUUCCGUCCUGUCCUCCCCAGCAGCUCUGCCAGUUUACACUCAGAAGGAAAAGUUGGUUUCAUGACUUCCCCUUAUCAAAAGCUUCAGCCACAGGGAACUUGUUGAUACUGCGUGAAAUCUGGCAGACAGUCUCAAUCCUGCCUUGGAAGCCCAACAUGCCACACAGAGGGAGCAGAGCGGGUGGCUCCCAGGGCUGGAGUCAGAGUGAAUUGUAGGAGCAGGGUCUCAGAUUAGGAAUCAGAUUCUUGUUUGACACAAAUACAGUUCUGGACCCUGGGCUUCCUAAGCUUCAGCCACCACUGUUCCUCCUUGAACAACUGGAUUUCUCCUUCCAAAGUCCCCAACAGCCGGGAGUGCAGUGGCUCCCGCCAGUCUGCGCUGAGAUGGUUUUAAGAGUCACAGGACUAACAUCCUUGAAUUGGAGAAAUGUGUCCAGAGCUCUCCGGUCAGGUCUCUGAGCAUGUUUCAGAGCUACAGUGGCCUGUUAAACGAGGAGCACAGAGGAAAACCACAUUCACACAACCCAGAGUCAGGCCUCCCGGGAAUUAGACCUGGAGUUCCUUCUGUGGGAGCAGGCUUCCUGUAGAGCAUUCCAGGUGCCACAAAAUACAGGGCUCCUAUUCAACCCCAACACCCCAUUCUUGGAGCUCAGCUGCAAACUCUGCAUCCAGACACUCCAAGGAUGGGCCUACCUGCCUCGGGGCCCCUGCCUGGGCUGGUAUACAUGAGACACCUCCCCAUCUAUUGGCCCAGUACAGAGCUGUAUUGGACACAAAGCUAGGGACAAUGGAAAUGGUGGAUAGAUAUAGCAUCUGUUAGAUGUCACCUCUGCCUUCUGUCCUCUCAGAGAGCAGCUGGGCCUCUGGGCAGUGCCCCACCCAUUAAUAGCAUUGUAAUUCUCUACAGACAGGAAUGCAAUGUCAGGAUGCUCUGCAGGCUUCUCCUUAGCUGUACUACAUAGCAGGGCUGGUGGCUCGCUUACAUGAUGGCGGGGCUCAGUCAUGGCCUCAUGAAUUCUACCCCCUGCCCCUGACCAGUCCUCUCAGCAUUCUGAGGAGCCUGCUUGCAUACAUGUCCCAUGAAGCUGCUCUAUAAGAACCAGGGCCACAAUCUAUCCCCUGAUGGAAGGCUUCCAGCAACCAUUCCACUUAAAGCCUUGACUUAACAGUGUCAGUACCUUAGAUCUAGUAUGGGAAGUAUUGACUGAUCCAUCCAGGUCUGGGACAGUGCCAGCCAUGUCUGUCACCGCUGAGCCCUGUCCCCAGCAUUUCCUUUGCAUUGAGAAUAAGGUCAAUAGAUAACUAUCACUGGCUACCCACCAGGCCAAGAAGGUGAUAGGCUGACCCAUUACCAUUUGAAUGGACAUUUCAUAAUCCCUCGACCUCCCUGCCCUGCCCAUGCCCGUGCUGUGCCCCGCUCCUGUGCUUGUGUGGGUGCCACAUAAGAACCCCAGGUUCACACUGAGAUGUGUCUAUGGUCCCUAGUCAGGCCACUCUCUCCUUGGAAGAACCAAGGAUGGAAAGAGCUCUUCGCUAAGUGACUCUGUUCUUCGUUGGUGAACAUUGCUUCCCUUGGUUACCUACACUGCUGGUUUGGGAUGCAUUCCGUCCCUGUUAUUUUAUCAGGUACUUCUCUCUAAUUGUACAUUUUAAAGUCCUGGGUAUAUAGAACCUUUAUCUUUAACCAUAUGGUAAUCAUCAGUUUUAAUCUCUCACAUUUUGAUUAUAGCAGCUAAUACAGUUUUAUACAAGCCAAGCUUAGAUUAAGCCCCACUGUCGUCUGCUUUUUUAUACACAUUUCUGUAUUUCGUGCAGUCCUCUCUGAUCAGAUUGGAAGUGUGAAGUAACACAUACCUGUGUGCUACAGAGGAUCAGUUCAGUGCCUCGGUUCAGUUCUCGGGAACUUCCUGCCUUAGCUUGGCAAGAUGACCUUCUGCUCUGCACUAACUGCAACUUGAAGUCACCACACUGCUGCUGAGUAUAACUCUGGAGGGCAGCUGCCUCCCCGGAGCCCAGUUCUUGUAGGGGUGAAUCCCCUCCGCAUGGGUUGGCUGUGCUGGCCAACCUUGCCAGCCAUGUCUUUAGUGUCAGAAAGGCUGAACAAAUGCCAAAACUCUAGCAUAACCUGCUGUUCAGUGCAGGUUGCUUUGCUUGCUAAAAGCUCUCCCAGUGGCCACUAAAGACAAAGUGGGGAGCACCUAUGGCCCUGCAUUGGCCAGUGCCAUCUCCCUUCCCUGCCCUGGAACUGCUAGGAAAUGAGAGCUGGGGAAGAGGCCAUGUGCGUGGAGAGCUGUGGCCCAGGCUCUUCACAGAUCACAUGGCCUCCUCCAUGCUAGGCCCAAGAGCUGCUUCUCUCUUGUUGGAAAGAGGUGUCGUUCCUAUAACCAGGCUGGUGUGGAAGUUUUCCUUCGGUGCAUGAGGCUCGGCUCAUCUAGUUGAUGUGCCAGCAGUGCCAACAAUGUCCUCACGAGCCUUGGUGCCGGAGCUCAUACUGAUGUAGGAAAUGCCUCCUUUGGCAGAGCGAGCCCACUUGUGUACGAAUAAAGAACUACUGAGAACUGGGA